CGUUUCCGAAAUUACCCUCCCACUCGCUCACCCAUUCUCUCGCUCCCUCUCGCUCACCCACUCCCAAAUCCCUAGCUCGUCACCGAGUCGCCCUCGCAGGCGUCGCCGGCGCCUCCCCCUCGCACGUGCGUGUCGCCGGGGCACCUCUACCCCGCACGCAGCGCCUCCGCCGGCACCUCUCCCUCUCGCGUCGUCGCCGCCUUUCCAUGUUGCCAGACGCCGUUGCCUCUCCCUCUUCAAGAUUUGAUUUUUAUCGCCGGUGACUGGAUCCGAAGCGCGGCGGCCGGACAAGUCGGACGCGGAGAUCCUCGAGGCGCACGCGAGGUCGCGCCGGGGAUGCGACCCUGCCAGGAAGUGCAAGCCGCGCUGCCCCGCUCGGCAGUGCAAGGAGACGCUUACCUUCUCCAACACAAGCCACUGCAAGGGGUGCGGACAGAAGCUGUGUUUGAAGCACAGGUUCCCCGCGGACCACGAGCGCGCGUGCGUGUCGCCCGCGGGAGCCGCCGCCGCCGUGAGGAGGGCCGGCGGCAACUGCUGGCGCGACGAGCAGAAGACCAAGGACGGCGGUGGGUGGGCGCUGCCGCCGUUGAUCCGGAAUUUCAAGAUGUUCUGAAUAGCCUCAAGCUAAAAAUUGUGGCUGGGAUCUGCAACGACGUUCCUCCAGUCCAUCGCCAACAGCUGCAGCGAGGAUUACCUGCCUGGAGUGCAAGGCGGGGGCGCAGCGAGGAUCAGGCUGGCCAGCGGGGCGAGGACCAAGCUGGGGCGGAGGCGGCCAGGCUGGGGCGGUGGCGAGGACCGGGGCGGCGAGCUGGGUCGGAGGCGGCCAGGCUAGGACGGCGGCGAGGACCAAGCUGGGGCGGAGGCAGUCCUGCUGGUUGAGGGAGGAGGAGGAGGGGCUGGCGACGGGGACGAGCGCUGACCUGGAGGAAGACGACGACGAUCUGUUUUUAAAAUCAGGGGCAGUUCUGUACUUUUGUUUGUUUUCACCUUUUUUUUGCAUACUAAUUGGAGAGCUUUAUUCAUCGAAAAGCAUUCAUGGAUGAGUCAGCCAAUAGGCUGGUCACCAGGAAGCUUGGAGUAUCAUCUAGCCAGCUAUCUGUUACAUCCGGUGCACAGGCACGCUUUGUACAAAGAUGCGCAGGAAGAUUAGCUGAUCUACUUACAUGUCGAACAUCGAAAGAUGUAAAGUAAGUACUGAGCUCUCCUAUCUCAUCUAAUAAAUAGGUCACAAUAGAACGUGAAUUGUGACGAGA